AUGGUCACCAGCCCAAGCUCUCUGGGUGUGGGGCUAGGACAUGAGUCAGGGAAGAAGUUGGUAGUCAGGCAGAGUCCUCACCUGGCACCAAAGAGAAAACCUGAACAGCCCUUAUCUUCCUGUCUGCAACCUGCGGUGCUCUCCAGCAUUUCAUCUGAGCAAUUUGCUCCUCUUGUGCCCACGCAGAAGGAGCAACGUGAGAGUAGCCAGAGACUCCCAGAGGAGGAAAUUGAGAGCACAGAGAGACAUGGCAUUUCCUGUUUGCCAGAACCAGAGGUGCUGCAACCCAGAAAGGGCAUAUGUAGUACUGAAAUGAAAAGUACUGGCUCCAUAAUGCAGAUGCAAAUCCCAGAUCUUACUAAGAAUUUGGGGAUUCGGGAAUCCUUGUCUGAACCAAAACCUAAGGAAGAGGUAGAUAAGCCAGAGAAGUUGGAUAGGUGUUCUUUAAUUGGAUCAAGAAAGCCAGGGACACAGGAGAAAGAAAAGAGAUGCUUGAGCAAGAAAGGCGGGACAUCUUCGAUGAAGCCAAAACUAGAAGGUCGCCGAGAGGGGCGUAGAUCUGCCUUGCUAGAACUGCAUACACAGUGUCCAGAGUCCAAGAAAGGAGCUGUGAGUCUGCGGAAGAGGGGCAGAAAUGCACUGGUAUUACAGCAGCUACAGGGUCUGAGAAGCCAAGAACAACCAACAACCAGAGGAAAGGUGCACCAGCAUUGCAGGAAAGAAGAGCAGCAGAGCUCAAACCCUCAGAAAGGAGCAGACAGCCUGGAGCAAAGUGCAAAGGAAACAUGGAAAGCAAUUGAGCAAGUCUGCAGUACACAGGCUGUGAAAAAGCUUAAGACAAAUCGAAACAGAUCAGAAGAUUCCAAGGAAAAGGAACCUCACUACUCUAAAUCUCCUAUGGUUGCUACAUUAGGUGGGACUCAAAGCAAGACCUUUCUAUGCCAUCCUGUAACAAAAAAGUCUGGUGUGCAGUAUAAAAAAAGGAAACCCAGAAUUGAUCAAAUCAAGUGUUUGCAAAGUUCUGGUGUGACUGCAGCUGAAAAAGUGAGAAACUUAUCUGCAAAAUGUGAUGCUGAACAUUGCAGAAACGCCCUAAGCCAUUGUAACGGCUUGCUCUGUGCAACAGAAAAGAAUCCGUUUGUGAGAUUAGAGGCCUGUAGUUACAUCAAUACAUUUGUGAAGUCUUCAGCUAGUGGAACUUCCAGCAGUUAUAAAUUAAGUGGAUUCUUCCAUGUAGCCCAGAAUAAAAGAAAGCACGUUUUUCUCGAUGGUACUGUAGAACAGAGUGAUAUGGAUUGCAGCACUAGUAGAAUGCAAAAUGAGAGAUCGCCCGUAAAAGGUGGUUUGUUUAAUAGAGAAGAAAAAACUCAAAACAGAGAAGGCUGUUUUUCAUGCUGUCAGAGUGAAAACAGUAAGUGUUUAAGAGGAAAAAAGUGGAAUAUUGGUAGAAAGCCUAGAAAAAAGAUGAAAAUCACUGAGAAAUCAGCAGUGCAGAAUAUUUUCACAAACAUGGCUAAUGAAUGUAGUGAGAGUGAGUUACAAACAGAAGCAGCAGUUGCCAUGUCAAGCUCCUUUGCAGUCUUGGGACUAAAUCAUAAAGAAAUUACUCUGUCAGCUUCAUGUGAUCAUACACCAGAUCUUCAUAUAGGAAAAAAUACUCAUGAAGCAGAAAAUGUAUCAGUCUGGAGAAAGAGUAGUACCAAAUUACUUGCAUUUGAAGAUGGCUUUAAGAAGACAUCUGAGCCUUCAGUAAUAGCAAAAGGAGAAAAUUCAAACAGUGUGGCAUAUCAUUCUGCUGCCUCAGGUAGCCCGAGAGUGCUGGCUCAGGUCCGUGAUGUUUCUAGUUGUCACGAAAGCAAGACUGAUGAAAAAUUGAACAAAGUUAAUAAGAAAUUUCAGCAGUUUACUUGUCAAAGAACAAUACCUAUGACUGGUAAAAAUGUUUGGCCCUUUGAAUCUUGUGCCAGGACUUCUGAAUGGGUUCAUAAAAAUCAUAGGUCCAUCUCAGAAGGAAAAAGACAUUUGAGGGUUGCAUUUGAGGAAUCCUCUGAUAAAAGCAGUGUUAAAGCUGUGGGAAACAGUGCUGUGACUGGGAAUUUGAAACAGUUGGAUAUGUCAUUGGCAGAAAUUAACAAAGAAUCUGCACAUAAAAUAAUAGAUCCAAAUACUAAAUGUCUGACUUCACUUGAAACACCAGAAUCCUCUUCUGUGGAUAUUUAUGAGACACUGAAAAUGAGCAAUGAAAAUGUGAAAUCACCAGUUAGUAUGGAUAGAAGUGCCAUGGCUUUUAGCCAUGAUGAUGUGCAAGAAGUUAAAGCAACCUUCAAUUUUACAACAAAACAAAAAGAUAAAAAUAAAGGAGCUGUAACAAAAAGAAACCUGACUGUGACAGUCCAGAGUGGUACAUCUGCAGGUAACAAAACCAGAAUAAACUUCAGCCGUAAAGCAUCAGUAAUGAACCAGACAUUUUCUGAUGUAAAGCUAAUGAAAGUAUUGAACACUGGAAGCCUGACAAAAUUCAAAAUUCCUUUAUGCAGAAACAAACCUGAAUCUAGGAAAUUGAAAUCUGUCCAUUCUUUUGAAAGAAAAACCUGUAGUCCACUAGAGCUUCUUGACAGCACUAGUGUUUCAAGAAGACCGAAAACAGAUGAAGAGACUUCUUUGGUAAAUUCUAAGCAGCAGCCUCUUCCUGUCACGAGUGAUGCUACAUCUGCAGCUUCAAUGAAGAAAAAAGUAGUUGAGAUCAACAGUAAGGACUUGAAGCAUGAUAACCCUGAAAUCCUUUCAAAUGAGAUGUCUGCACUCCCUGAACAUUUUUCUUUAUAUCCACAUCCUUUUCUUGACAGACAACUAGAGUCAUCCGUGCCUGACUUCUGUGGUGCUGAAUGUGUACUAAAACCUAAUUUUCCUGAUCAUUCUUGGAAUGCAGUUGACCACCCCGUUGCAUUAGAAGUAAAUGAUAGCAAAUCAAGAGGGAAUCUUUCACAACACAAAAGUAAAAAUUUUCCAAAUAUUCUUGAAGCUUAUGAAGAAGAUGUUCUUGUCAUUGAUGUGAUUCAGGAUGACCCUGACCUUUUUGGAAUCAAUAAUGAAGAGGAGCUUGCACUUACAGAUUGUGAAAAUUGUCCUGUGAAGGCAUCCUUCACUAGCAUCUGCGCUAAAGACAAAAAGGAAGACCUUAAGCCUGAGUAUCCUGUUACCUCAGAAGAUACAGAUUCAGUAGGUGAUAAUUUUAGGCAGCUUGCUGUCAUUAUACUUGGUGCCAUUCACCAGGUACGAGCUUCCAAAAUCUGUGAUGAUGGCGUUGUUGUUUUACACAUUACCAUACAAGAAUCUGGAAUGUCGAAUGAUACUGAAAAUCGCUGUGACUGGGUGCUAAAAGCUAAAGAUAUUAAAACCCACAACUCCUCCAGAGGAAGCAGUCCUUUGGCAGGUGUUAAUGAGGACUCUCUUGAAGAUGGGCAACUGAGAGAACUAGAUGAGCUUUUAAAGAGUUUUGACAUGGAUGAAAAGGCUUCUCAUUCAGUCCAUCGGAUCCUCGAGAUGAUUGAAUUGCCCCGUAAAUAUUGCAGAUUUUAUUUCAUGACUUUGCGUGGGUGUGAAAGAGCAAAAUGUUGGUUUUGGCAUGUUCCUCAACAAGGAGAUGAAAAGGUUUGCAUGGCAAUACUUAGGACAUACAUUAGUAUCAAAGAAUCAGGCCUUCUAAAACGUGCAGUCCGAAUAUUUGUGAAAUAUUACAGAGAAGUUACUCCUGGUAUGGAUUUUGAUUCUCAAGUGCUGAAUGAUCUUCUUAUUUCUUUGCUCAAGAACUGUUUGUUGCAGGAAGUAUUUCAGAUAUUGAAUGUAACUGUACGAAUCAAUACACUGCCAGCUGUAGAUGUUCUUCUGAAAGUCUUUGAGCAUGUGGCUUCUUUGAAUAUAAGAGAUGCUGUGCCUACAUUACUUGGUACCUUUCGUAAGCUCAUUGAUGCUGGUAUGUUCCUUGAGUUUGAACAUUUUGACUAUAUCAUUAAGUUCCUUCACCAAUUGCAAGUUUCCAGUCAGGAAGUAAAUAUCGUUUUGAACAUAAAAUCCAGAUUUCAGGAAAGACAUUUUGAAAAGAACUGGCUUUUUGACUUCAGCUUGGCAGUGGCUGAAAUUCAGCAUUGCAAGGAAAAAAGUGAUUGGACCAAGCUGGGAGCUUUGUAUGUUAAUGCAAGAGCUGGAUGUGAACAUUUUGAUGAUCUUCAGAAAUUGUCUUUUUGUAUUGCUGAAAUACUAACCAGAGAUUCUGAGACAGACAGACCAGGAGUUCCUUUUUGUGAUUUUGCUGAUGCAGUAAUAAAAAAUCCACAACAUAACGAAGCAGACAGAAUUUUCAUUGGGAGGAUUGGGAUAAGUGUAAUGUAUUCUUAUCACAAAGUACUGCAGUGGAUAAAGGGAAGGAAGGUUUUGGAUAAAUUGCAUGAGCUACAGAUACAUUUUACAGUCUUGAAAGGACUUACAGGUGCAGAGAGGUUAGCAUCGAGAUGUCAAAUUGUUAAUAAAGCUGCAGAAAUUUUUCUUAAAACUGGAAGUUUGGAUGGAGCGACAUGGGUAUUGAGAGAGUCAGAGUGGACUACAAAUGCACCAUUGUGGCCCUGUGAUAAAAUGGACAUCCUUAAUCGACAUAAUCUGUUAUGUACACUAGUGCACAAAUACUUGAGGAAGAGUUUAUACAGGCAGGCAUUUGAAGUUCUGCAGAACUUACCAGGUUUUCAAAAUCAUUCCGAUACUGUAGAUGUUUCUCAGUACAGUUGCCUUUUUAACAAGCUGAUAAAUGCCUGUUUUGAGAGCAAGAACCUUGGGGUCUCAUCUUCUGCAGUAGACUUCAUGCUUUCAAAAAACAUAGCUAUUGAUUUUUUUUUACUUAGAGGAUUGAUCACAGCUUUGGGAAGAAGUUCUUUGUGGUCUAAAGCUAGGACCUAUUACAAAAGUGCUUUAUCAUUGGGUUGCUACCCACCACUGCAGGGAAAUUUGUAUCAGAGACUUUUGACGAUUCCAUCUUACCUGUCUGAAGUUGAGAUGCUGUUGGCCAUCGAAAUAUUUCUUGUUUCAAAUGCCAGUGAUAUUCAAAGUCCAAUGGCUACUAGUCAGACUCUUCAAAUAAUACUGAAAAGAUGUGAAGAUCAGACAGUUCAGAACAACAGUGACUAUCAGGCAGCAGUGGAGAGACUGAUCUUGGCCGCUCGUGUAUCUGAUCCAAAGCUUUUUCUCAAGCAUAUGACAAUGAAUGUUAAUAUGGAAGAAGUUUACAGCUUGGAGCUUACAUCUGCUCUAAAAUGGCUUCAGGAGAAUAUGAUAUGGGCUGGGAAGGUCUGGUUGUUCCAAUAG